AUGACAGGUCAUGUGACAUGUACCCCGGAAGUAUCCAGUCUACCGCAACACUUCAAACUUCAUUGUGUAGAUUUUCCAAACAGAUUUUACAUUGCGAUGCUUCCCUCAGCUGCAGUGUUUCAUUUUCCCUGGGAAAUAAACUCUGGAAAUAUGCAGGAAGGAGAAUCAGUGAGAACAUUUGGCAGACUUGUCUGCUAUCAGCCUGAGGACUCCAGGGCUACACUGUCGGCUCAGCAUGCUUCGAAAGAGCACCACGUGGUUGUCCAUACUUUGUUUGUGGAGCCCUUUAACCCAAUAAUUGGAGCCCAAUACAUAGUUCUGGGUGAGAUAGAAAAUAAUAAGGGGGUUGGUGUGAUGGUCCAGGCCCGUGUGCUGAACUGUGUUGAUGGUGUAAACAUCGCCCUUCUACAGAAAGCCAUCAGUGAGCAAAGGAGCUUCUUCACAGAGAGGGAGUGCAAACAGAGUGAGACUGCACAACCUGCGGAUGCAACCUGAUCAGACUCUUCACUCAUCUUUCCUAGGGGGAGAGGGGGGCUCUUUAAUUGCCAAGGCUCCACUGCUGCCUCUUAAGCUGCUGUGUGUUUGCCUUUGAUUUUAAGACUUCCCUCAGCAGCAGUGAGGGAAGCAUUGCAGUUUACAUGACCAAAUUGAUAUCCUCUGACCUCAACAGUUUUCUGCAUUUUAUCGUCGGUUGCUUGUAACAAUGAAAGCUCCAAAUUAAUAGAGUGAUAUUUGGUUUUCAUGCUUGAUCACUGAGUAACUAAUAGUAGACAUAUUGUGUCCAUGACUUGUGAAUAUGUUGCAUUUUUAGCUCAGUCCUUCAGUCCUGAAAUAUCAGAAUUGUUUAUAUUAUUUUAUAAGAUGGAAGAUAGUAAUGUUAACGUUAUUUCUGAUGCAGCUUUAUGGUCAUUUAGCUUCAUUUGAGGCUAUACUGUAGAUAAUAAAUAUAACUAAGGUUAAAGUA